AUGAAAGUGGUCAAAGCCGUGAGUGAGCCCAAGCUGGGGCUUGGCCGCCGAAAGCGCGCCACGCGACAGGACGUGCCUGUGCCCGAGGGUGUUCCAGGGUGCUAUGGCGACUUCUGCCGAGCAGACUUCCGCUUCCCGAACAGCUUAAAGGACAUCGAGCUGCUGGACGAUGCCUGGACAAGGCAAGGAAGGGAGCUCUGCAACAAGACGGUGUCGCUGUCAUCGGGCGUUACUUUGGGCACCGUGCUGGAGCCAGAGGAGCUGGUGGCUUGCUUGGACGAGAACGAGCAGAAGCCGCUGCCGCUGGCCCGCCGCAGAACAGACCCACUUCCCGGGUGUGUCUGCUUCUCCUUGAUCAUGGAAGCUCGUAGCCAUCCGUCCCUCUGCGGAUGGCUUGAAGCCCUCAGCUGGCGCCUGGACCCGGAGGAUGCCAUCAUGGUGACCAACGCAGCGGCAAAGCUGCACACAGCGCCGGUCUCAGCCCCCUCCUAA